UCGUCGCCGCGGAUGGAGUCGUCGGCGCCGCCGCUCAGCCGCAAGAGGGGGAAACCUAUGGGCUAUGGCGCCGGAUUUACGCCACCGGUGGCGUGGCGGCCUCUCCGAUCGGUUCACACCGUCGACCGCCGCUUUGCUUUCGAGCGCGCGAUUCCGCUGCGGCGACGCCCGCGCCGAUGUCCAAAUGUCCUCCAGUUCAUAAAGGGAAUCAUGCAAAGUCAGUCAGGCAUGGGAGGUCCGGAAAAGGAGAAUAUCAGUGGUUGGGAAAAGACUUCUUUUCUUUUCAUGUGCGUGAAUUGUGAAUUGGAUCCAGUAGGUCAGCGAAUCGAGUUCCCUGGUUGCUUUCAGGUCUCUUGAACCGUUUAUGCGGCUGCCAGCUUGCGAUAGUGGCUGGUUUCCGGGCGUCGUUUGUUCUGGUCAUCCUAUAAAUUGGCAGAGUAUCAAAAGCAGCGACGGGAAGAGCCCCAUAGUGGUUGGCCCUUGGGGUGGCACAGGAGGAUACCCUUGGGAUGAUGGUGUAUACUCAACGGUACGCCAGGUCAUCAUCACCCAUGGUGCAGCUAUUGACUCCAUAAGGAUUGAAUAUGAUCUGAAAGGAAGUUCAGUCUGGUCAGAGACACAUGGGAGCACCGAUGGAGGUUCUGAAACAGAUAAGGUGAAGCUAGAUUUCCCUGACGAAAUCCUUGUGUCUGUAAGUGGCUAUUACGGGUCAGUCUGUGGAACUCCAGUUAUCAUAAGAUCAUUGACAUUUCAAAGCAAUCGUUCCAUAUACGGGCCUUUCGGUACUGAAGAUGGGACACCUUUCUCACUCCCAGUAAGCAGUGGUAAAAUUAUUGGUUUUCAUGGAAGGUCAGGGUCGUAUCUCAACUCAAUAGGCUUUUAUCUGAAGCAAGUGAAUGUUUCAGAUCGAUCAAAUUCUCCAGUCUUGCCUCAGAGUAGAAGUAUUACAAGUGCAUAUAACAAAAAUGGUUAUAGCUUUCCUGAGGGUGCUUCAGGAUAUGACAUGGUCCUUGCAGUGAGAGAUAGGGGUGACAGCUAUGCUGUUUAUACUAGCAAUUACCCUAAUCAGCAGUAUACAAAUCCAUCCCCAGAUUACAAUGAUGGAAUCCGCUGGAAUAAGGUGCCACAAACUAGUCCAUCACUGCAGAUGGUAUCUUUUCCUAGUGGUUACGGAGAUAGAGGAGGUGCAGCUCUGAGUAGCCACGAGACCUAUGGUCCUUGGGGUGGAAGUGGUGGCACCAUGUUUGAUGAUGGCAUGUACACCGGUGUGUGGCAGAUCAAUUUGACUCGUGCAGUGGGAAUUACUUCUAUAAAGGUACUUUAUGAUCGAAAUGGCCAAGCAGUGUGGGGAAACAAGCAUGGAUUCAGUGGAGCUGUUUCACCAGACAAGAUAGUAUUUGAUUUUCCCUCGGAGGUCUUGACUCAUAUAACCGGCUACUAUGGCACGACAAUGAUCAUGGGUCCAACAGUGGUCAGAUCACUCACAUUCCACACAAACAAGCGGAGAUACGGACCAUAUGGGGAUGAGUGUGGCACGUAUUUCUCCACCAGUUUUUCUGAUGGGAGGAUAGUAGGAUUCCAUGGUAGGGAGGGAUGGUACAUUGAUGGCAUCGGGGUCCAUGUUCAGGAAGGUAACUUGGCUGCACCGCGAGUUAGUAGUAGAUCAACGAUUGAGAUGAACCCCUCUUUGCGCUACGACAUGCUUGCACAAUCAAGGAGUGAAACAUACAAUGAGGUUCCUUAUAGCAUGGUGAAAGAACCAGUUCCAAUGGGGCCAGGGCCAUGGGGUGGCGAAGGAGGCCGGCCAUGGGAUGAUGGUGUCUACACUGGUGUGAAGCAAGUCUAUGUGAUGAGAGGCACCUUUAUCGGCUCGAUACAGAUCGAGUACGACAGGGGUGACCAAUCCGUCUGGUCUGCAAGGCAUGGAACCAGUGGCCACAUAACCCAUAGGAUUAAACUGGACUACCCACACGAGGUCCUGACAUGCGUAUACGGCUACUACAACACCAACAGGGAGGAAGGGCCCAGGGUUCUGAGGUCGAUCACCUUCAUCAGCAACCGAGGGAAGUACGGGCCAUUCGGAGAGGAGUUCGGGGCAUACUUCUCGUCGGCGAAGACGGAAGGGAAGGUUGUGGGCUUCCAUGGCCGGAGCGGGCAACACCUGGACGCCAUUGGGGUGCAUAUGCAGCACUGGAUGGGAGACAGGAGGCCUGCUCCCAAGUACGUGCUAUCAAAGUACCUCUUCUGAUUGAGCUAUGGAUGAAAACUUGAAUUCCUUUGAAACAAAAAGUGAAUACUUGAAUUACAUGUAGUUUAGCCAAUAGUCAUAUAGAUAACAGAUGGGCUGGUUUCGAUUUGAGCUUUGGAGGCUGUAACAUUUUGGGAUAUGGAACAGUUUAAGCCUGCGGAUGAGUCCGUUCCUUGUACUCAGGCAGGCAGGCAUAUACUUAAUGCAUGACGAUUUAUGAGUAAAUUCAAAUGAAAUUCACAUUUUCUGAUUC